GUCGCUUCUGCUUUCUUUUCUUAUUGUCGUACCAGAUCUGCGACCGUUCCGACUCGCACAACUUGCAAAAUAUUUAUAUUGUUAACAAAGAUCAACAAAAUAAGCAUUUUUCACGCCGCGCCUCUCAAUGAAAUGUAAUAGAUUAAGACUGCCAAUUGUCAACGCAGCGAUUGAAUAGAAAGCGUGGUUUGUUACAUGAGCGAAUGCUGGCCCUUGCAGCACGGACGUCGGCAUGCGUCACCACUGAACGCUGUUAUUAUUGAUGAUAAACAUAUGUUAUUACAGCUCCUCAAUGGAGACCGUGGGUGGAGACAGCGCCAAGGUUGUAUAUUUAGUUCCAGGGAACUGGCCUGUCGUCUCACUGGCCUGUUUGAAGGAGCAAGAGAGCGACAAGUUUGGGAGUGAAUCUGACUCAAGUCCGGAGGUAACGUACGAAAUUUAAUUUGACUGACUUUGCACGCUCGUUGUCACGGGGAAGAAACUAGUACAUUCCCAAAAGGCGAACUAUGGCCGGCGCAGGACUGGGGCUGACUUUGACACUCUUGGCUCUCACCUUGCGGUGUCGGCCUGUACACAGCCAUGGCAGGCUGUACGAACCCCCCGGACGCUCCACCGCUCAUUCGAGGGGCUUUGACACGCCGGCCAACUACAAUGACAUGGGCCUUAACUGCGGUGGAUUUAGUAACCAAUGGGACGUACAUGGUGGGAAAUGCGGCGUAUGCGGCGACCCCUGGCAAGGCCCUCGUGAAAACGAGGCUGGUGGGCUAUACGCCACAGGAACCAUUGUGCGGCAGUUUACAAUGGGAGAGUAUAUGCCAAUCGUGUUAGAAAUAACAGCUCCACAUAGAGGAUGGUUUGAAUUUAGGCUGUGCCCACACAACGACCCCAGCACCCCGAUCACCCAGGGGUGUCUGAACCAGUAUAAACUCCCCAUAUACCUCCACGCCAACGGGACAACGGUCACCCGGUUCUACAGUUUGGAGACCAUACCCGGCAGCGGGUGGACAGUGGGAAAGGUCUACAUGCUGGCCAAACUGCCCGAUUACGUCACCUGUACACAGUGUGUACUGCAGUGGAAGUGGCACACCGGAAACAGUUGGGGAACAGACCCAGACGGGAACUCCUGUGUGGGCUGCGGCCCACAGGAAGAGUUCUACGGCUGCGCAGAUAUCGCUAUCUAUCCACCAGGACAAGGUACAGGAGGAGUCACAUUGCCUGCGACACCAGCGCCAACCGGAACUGGAACAACUACGGGGGGAGCUACUGGAUCCACUUCCGCACCACCGACAGCUCCUGGUAACAUGAAGGUGGGCUGCUGGUUUACCAACUGGGCACAGCACAGGUCGGAUCUAGCUGCCAAAUUCCUUCCGGAGGACAUUGACGUCAACCUGUGCACUCACAUCUACUACGCCUUUGCCAAGGUGGACAGAGGGACAAAUGGGGAAUUCACGGUCAAGCCUUACGAAGGCAAUGACUUUGAGCUGUACUCCCGAGUGAUAGGUCUGAAACAUUACAAGCCAACUCUUAAGGUCCUCCUGGCAGUCGGAGGCUGGACGCACGGUACGGCCGCCUUCAACGAGAUGUCGGCCACCGCGGUGACCAGGGGUCAGUUCUUGAGGAACACCAUCGCUUAUUUGAGGCUACACGGGUUUGACGGUCUGGAUUACGACUGGGAAUAUCCUGGAGUGGCCUGGCGAGGCAGUGGACCCGAGACCAAGCAGCAGUUUUCGGACCUGGUCAAGGAAACUCGAUUGACAUUCGAAAAAGAUGCUACCGACACUGGAAAAGAGCGUUUGCUGGCAACAGCCUCCGUGGGAGUCAGUAGUUAUAUUGUUGAAGCAGGCUACGACAUUCCUACCAUGAAUACGUAUCUUGACUGGACUAACCUGAUGAGCUACGACUUACAUGGCUCCUGGGAAGCGUUCCUUGGCCACCACACGGCGCUGUAUGCGAGGUCGGAUGAAGAUUCUACGCAGGCGCAGAUAAAUGUGGACUUCGUUGUUCGUUAUUGGAUCAGUCAGGGAUACGAAUCUCAAAAACUUCUUCUCGGGGUCGGAUCGUAUGGUCGCACCUUCAGAAUGGCGUCCGGAUCCGGGUACAACUUGGGGGAUGCCGCUUCCGGUGCAGGGAAUCCUGGCCAAUAUACCGUUGAAGGUGGCCUACUGUCGUACUACGAGGUGUGUAAAAACCUGGGUGAAGGCUGGACUAGAGCGUUCAACUACGAGCACAAAGUUCCUUAUGCCUACAACAGUGCCUCGCUGCAGUGGGUGGGCUAUGAUGACGUAGAAAGUAUUGGAUACAAGGCUGACUUUGCGUGUAGACAGCAAUUGGGCGGUGUUCACAUGUGGGCAAUCGACCUGGACGAUUUCAAAAAUGCCUUCUGUAACCAAGGAAACUAUCCAUUGCUGACCGCGGUGAACACGCACCUCUCUCGGUGCAGCAGCGGCGUCACGGGAACACCGGUAGUCUCCACUACCGCACCCACAGCCCCUGUAAGCUCCACCACAGUGCCUACGGGGACUCCAGCUUCAUCAGCAGGGACUCCAGCUACGUCGGCGGGGACUCCAGCGCCAUCAGCAGGGACUCCCGCUACGUCAGCGGGGACUCCAACUACGUCAGCAGGGACUCCAGCUACGUCGACAGCGACCACUGCAGCACCUGGAGGUCCGAUCACCUGUUCAUACGAUGGUCAGUUCCAUUCUGACCCUGAAAAUAGCCAGUGUUACUACCAGUGCGGACACCAGAACCCCGUGCACUACUGCUGCGCAGAAGGCACAUAUUUCUGCCUGGCUGUCACAAACUGUAAAUGGCUCAGCGAGCCGUGCCCCGGUGCUUCAAGCACAGGGACAUCAUCCACGGCGACCACGCCCGCGGCGCCUAGUCCCGGCACUUCUAGCACAGUCAGUACCACGGUAAAGGCUACGACUACCAUGGAGCCGACUACUACCACAGUGCCUACGACUACCACAGUGCCUACGACUACCUCAACACCAACAACUACCACAGAAGGUGGUGCCGUAACCUGUGGCAACAGUCAGUUUAUCCCUGAUCCUACCAAUAAACAAUGUUACUACCAGUGUGCUCACAACGUACCCUAUCGCACCUGCUGUGCACCGGGAACACACUGGUGUCAGCCACGAAUAAAUUGCAUCUGGGAUUGGGACACUUCCUGUUAAUGGCGCAUGCUCUGACGGUGUGUGAACCCUGCUCCUUGUCCAUACCAGUGCAUAUAACUAAUUCACCGGGAAAAUGCGUCACCAAAUUCUUUUGGGUGAAUUUUAUUUGUUGGUGACGUUUACCAUGACCGAUAUUAUAUUUCAGUAACAUAGGCGGUAAUUCCUAAGGCCUCGUUUGUACAAAACAGGGUCUUAAAAGGACCUUGUUGCAACUUUACACAUAUACACCGGUGUGAAACAGGGACGAAACUGUGAAAGGAUUUUUCUUCAUAAAAUGUUAGAAUGAUCCGGAAUCAUUCUCAAUUUUUUAACUGCUCAUACCAAUCGUAAAACAAUCAUUUAACAAACAAUCGGCAUACGUUUUAUAACUUUAACAUUCUAGUCCUGCCAUGACAGAUAAUCAUCAUUGUUAUCUUAUUGAACCUUUUAACCCAUUAAUAAAGCAAUAUAUCUUACAAAUAUCAUACAGCUAUUUUUAUUAAAUAUUCUACUCCUAAUUAUUUGUUUUAAAAAACAAUCUAUGUGACAUAUCUGGAACGUCCUGUAAGAUAAUAUUUAGUCUGGGCGUGCCUUGAGACAUCCUGUAGGAUAAGAAUUGGUCUGGGCGUGCCUUGCGACAUCUUGUAGGAUAAUAAUUGGCCUGGACGUGCCUUGGGUUAUCCUGUAGGAUAAUGUUUGAUCAGAUUGUUUCUUGGGACAGCUGUAGAGCCUAAACCCCAUUUUUUUUCUAUAAAAGAAUUAAGAUCUCGUUUCUUCCCAUAAAUAUGAACAGAUGAAAAAUAGAUAUUUUUUGCACGACACUUGUCGCAUAUAUGUUAGAUAAUAAGCAUUCAUUUAAAAAACUGAAGAUAGAUCGUUUUGGGGAUUACAAACAUUGUUAGAAAAAGUGAUAACUUUAACAUAAACCCAAGUUUGUCUGCUUAACAAAGAUACGUCACAUUACUCAGCCACCAAUUUAAUGCCCUUUAUACAGAUAUAAUCAUGACCUCAUUCUUCUUAAAUUUUCUUUUCAUUCUUUUCUUCUAUAUACCCUAGGUUCUAGAU